AUUGUUAUUACACUGUAAUAUAUAAUGAAAUAUUAUACAGCUCACCAUAGGUUAGGGACCCCUGCCUUAGAGGUUCAAGAUUAUUGGAACAUGUGUAAUGGACUGGGGAGGGUCUGCCUGAGGCCAGCUGGCAGGAAAAUACAACAAAACCUCACUCUGUAAUGAUAAUGUUAGAAAAUUCCUAGACCAGCAUCAGGCAGACAUGCAUUUCUAACUCAAGCCCAUGUGAUACCCUUCUCUCCCUCCCCACAAUCAAGGGCCAUUGUCGGUAAUCAGCUAAUGAAAUGGGUGAGCCAGCUCUAUGCUCUGUGGCCUUUUGCCUCCUUUCUUUAGAACCUAGUUCUGAAAGCAUGUCUCCCUCUCUCUCUCUGUCUCUCUCUCUUUGUAGGUUGUGUUUUUGUUCUAUAUUAUUGGUAUGACAGGGAAUGGAGCCAGAAAUCCACCUCUACAAUCCCAUAGGAAGACUAGUUAGGAGAAUUAUAUACCUCUAAAGCAGAGGCAGCAAAGCACUACUGGACAAAGAGGCAGCCUAGGACAAAGAGGCAUUGCCAGAGCUCUUCUGGCAAUGGGGAGUUCAUGCUGGUGCAGCCCUGCCGGCUCUUUACUGGUUUAUUGGAUGUUAUAAAGGACACAGAUGAACAGCCAGUUGGAAGAGAUGCAUAGGGCAAGAGAUCAAAGCAAUUUAACAGUUGUUUGGGUUUCUUCAUGGCCGCCCAAGAUGAACCAAUUCUUCGGGAAAGCGAAACCCAAGACUCCACCGCCAGACUGCGUUGGCACAGUGGACAGCCAGGCAGAAUCCACUGACAAGAAGAUUUCUCGAUUGGAUGCUGAGCUAGUGAAGUAUAAGGAUCAGAUCAAGAAGACGAGAGAGGGCCCUGCAAAGAACACGGCCAAGCAGAGAGCCUUGCGGGGUUUAAAGCAAAGGCAGAUGCAUGAGCAGCAGCGGGCCAGCCGCGCCCAGCGGUCUUUCAGCAUGGGACAAGCCAAUCACACCGUCCAGCCAUUGAAGAACACCAAGACCAUGGUUGAUGCUAUGAAACUGGGAGUAAACGAAAUGAAAAAGGCACACAAGCAGGUGAAAAUAGACCAGAUUGAGGAUUUACAAAACCAGCUAGAGGAUAUGAUGGGAGAUGCAAACGAAAUCCAAGAAGCACAGAGUCGCAGUUACGGCACCCCAGCAUUAGACGAACAUGACCUAGAAGCAGAGCUGGAUGCGUUGGGCGAUGAGCUCCUGGCUGGUGAAGAUAGUUCCUACUUGGAUGAAGCAGCAUCUGCACCUGCAAUUCCAGAAGGUGUUCCCGCUGACACAAAAAACAAGGAUGGAGUUCUGGUGGAUGAAUUUGGGUUGCCACAGACCCCUGCUUCAUAGACUUACAUCACUCAAGUACAUCGUACAAAACAAGCAUACAUGAUGGGACUGGGAAAUAUUUUAUCAUUCCAAAUUUGCCAUAACAGAUUUAGGUUUCUUUCCUUUGAAGGAAAGGUCAAUUACGUUGCUCUUUCCCCCACACGCCCCCCCAGUAGGAGACUCAUCACUUGGGAGAUGCUUUCUUUGUACUAAACUUUGAUUCCUUUUUCUCUUACAAAAUACUAACUACUUAAAUGUAUCUUCGGCUUUGUAUGACUCAUUUUCAUUCAUUAAUAAUCACUUGAAAUAAAACCAAGGAAAUGGGAAUCUUUAAAAUCUGUGACAGUGUACUACAGUAUCAAAAUGCUACAGUAUCAAAAUGACCUGAUAAAUUCAUAAAAGGAAAAUGAAAUUAUCAGGGCUGUUCAUACUCUGAUUCAAAACCAUUUUCUAUUGUGGUAUUAUAGGUUGGUUAAAGUGAUAGCCUUUUUCUGAUGAAUUUUGUUGUGUCUUGUGAGCAAAUCAUUACUGUGUCCAAUAUUGGAAUGGAAUUAUCACUGCUGUAUCAUGAGUAGAUAUUUUGAUUCUAUGGUUCCCUCAGUAUUACAGCCUGACUUAUAAUCAAUAAUGAAUAUUUCUUGAUAUUUAAUGUAUAGAACAUUUAUUUAUACUCAAUAAAUACUUUUCCAAAGGAAAAAAAAA